UGUUUUCUCAGACUGCAGCGAUUUAUAUUGAGAAGGUGCCCGAAUCGCGAAUAACAUCAUGCUUGGGCCGCGGUUUCAUCGUGGAGCCUUCACUGCGCUGAUAUUCCUCAACAACUUCCUCCAUGGACUUGAGUAUUCUUUGAUAUUGCCAUCAAUGUGGAAGUACAUGCAAUCUCAAGGACUGACGAGCAAGCUGUAUUUCGGCGCUGUUGUGGCAAGCUUCCACUUCGCUGCAACUGUGUCCGGAGUCAUCGCUGGAUGCUGUACGAAGAGAAGCAGCCACGUGAAAAGAAUAGUUGCGACGAUGAGUUUAUUCCAGGUGGCAGGAAAUACUUUGUAUUUCAUGGGCGGAAGUCCUGGAAUCCUGUUGACGGCACGUUUCAUCGCCGGUUUGGGUGCGGGCUCAAUGACUGGGCUGUACUCCGAGCUGAACCGGAGCACAGUGUCCCGUGAACGCAGUUCCCUGUUGACUGGGGUAUUUCUGGCCUAUCACCUCAGCAUUGUGGCUGGGCCGGGAUUGAAUGCCUUGAUUUAUUCCCGCAUGCACGGGUUCGCACUGGGUUCCCUGCGAGUGGAAGGCGAAAACGCUGCCGGGCUCCUGCUGGCUGCUGCCUGGGCACUGUACUUUCUCCUGUUCGUCUUUUUCUUUUCAUCGGAUUUCCAAGGUACGCAAACUCCGAAUGGAUCCGAGGGCGGCGGCAGUUCAACGCCGCCUUCCAGCAGGUACAGAUACCGGCGACUCGCAACGGCGCCAGCCAUUGAUGCAUCCGGUAGGAAGAAAAUCGGAAGGAAGGUUUCAAGAGGAAAUUUCACUGAAAGAAGCAGUCUGGCUUUGCAGCGCCAUGUGCCAUAUGGCGCAGCCACGAAUCUCGACGUUCCCUGGGGUUGUUCCCCUGGCACUAUCUCUUCGGCAUCUUCCCGACUGACAGCCAGUGCCCCUGAACUAAACCUGGAAGAAGGAGAAGAAGAAGACGACGAGUACGACUCUGCCAACGGAGCAUCUUCAACAACGCCCAGCACAUGGUCUUCAUCGCGGGACUCUAUCGACGACAUCUCGGCGCUGGCUGUUCGCUCCUGCGACGUCGUCGUGAUGAAACAGAAUUUUGAUUCAAAACACAGUAGCAGCCGGAGAGACAGGCAUUUUGUAUUCCCCGCGAAACCCAUCAUGGCUGCCUCGGGGAAUGCGUUUGCUGAACGACUGACUUCGUCCCUUGUCAUGGUCGACUCGGACUUUGGGGGCGGAGUCCGGAGUCAACCUUUGUGGCUGGAAACUUCACUGCGAUACUGCAACCCACAAAAUAAAGACUUCAAAGAUCCUCUUGAACCGCGGAUCAAACUUUUGAAGUCUCGCUGCGAAAAGCCGCAGAAUCCGGAAAUUAACGAUUAUCAUCAGCAUCAUCAUCAUCAUCAACCGGAAAUCAUUACGAGGCCGACUUGCACGGAAACCGUGUGUGAUGAAGUAGUGCUCUCGUUGAUGUUGUUGCAACUGGCCACGAUGUUCAUCGACACUAUGAUCGAGGUA